GGGGGGGUUCUCUGGUUUUAGUUGAAGGAAAUGGCUGAGAGGUUACCUCUUGGAGCAGUAAGAAACAGCAAGGUGUCUGUACCAGGUUCCCCAGGGCCAAAUCUGUCAAAUGAUGUUUCAAAUGUAAUGGAUCGACUUAACAGUCCAGUGGCUGUUCAUGAAAUUGUUUUGAAUUGGUCAAAUCGUCAUGAUUCUUCAAAUGGAUCGACUACUCCCAGCAGUCGUGCCUCAAACAACCUUGUAACAGGUCAGUUGGAGGCUUCAUGCAAAAAUAAGAACAGAACAUCUGAUAGCGAAGCUAAUAUUGGACCUGAAUGGGUUGAGCAAGACGAGCCUGGUGUGUACAUCACCCUUGUGUCAAUGCCUAAUGGUAUUAAAGAUUUAAAACGCGUCCGCUUCAGUCGAAAGAGGUUUAGUGAAAAGGAAGCAGAGCAAUGGUGGGCUGUUAACUGAACUCGAAUAUAUUAGCAGUAUGAUGUUCCCAUGGUUGACAAGGCUGGUAUUGGCGUUGGAAGGGAAGGCAUAGCACAUUGAUAUAGAGGAAGGCUCCGCUUAACCUUGGCAUAGCGCUCACAAGUCACAAGGCUAUCCACUGAUGAUCUCAGUGGGGCACUAGAGAUUGUUGUCCAGAGCAAUCCUGGUUUUGUAUUAAAUGCGUUGAGGAGGUGGACCUCGCUAUAGAUGCUCUGGUAGUCUUUUAGUAAUGAGACAAACUAUGAUUUUAUUUUUUUAGACGAAAAUUGUAAUAUUAUAGCCUAUUUUAAUGAAAAUAUGUAACUUUAUAUAUAUGUUAGUGUUUAUAUAUCAAUUUAAGUGAAAAAAAUGCAAGAAAAUUUUUUUUUAUUGUUUUGGGGCAUUUUUACCACCGGUUUUGAAACAAAACCGGUGCUAAAAGUUUUUUUUUUUUAAUUUUUUUGGGCCACUUUAGGCACAGGUUCACAGAAAGAACCGGUGUUAAAAGUUUUUUUUUUUUUUAUAUUUUUGAGGACUUUUUCGCACCGGUUCACAUUAAGAACCGGUGCGAAAAAUAAAUUUCGCAUCGGUUUUGAAUCGGUGCGAAAAGUCUUGGGAUUUGGCGCUCCUCAAAUCAAAACCGGUUAAAAAUCGGUGCGAAAUGGGGGUUUUGAACCGAUGCUAAUUAGCAAUUUUUGCCUAGUGAUCUUUGACACUUAUCACACUUCUUUACCAUUUCCAUGGCGUCUGCCUCAAGAGUGGGCCAAAAGUAGCCUUGUGGCCUGACCCUUUUUACUAGAGUUCUGCCGCCUAUAUGUGAUGCACAAAAGACCGAGUGUAGAUCCUCUAGAACUUCUUUCCCCCUUUCAGAGGUAACACAUUUCAGCAGCGGCUGGAAGUAACCCUUCCUGAUGAGUUCUCCCUUGUAGAUCUCAAAACCUGUGGCUCGCUUCUUCAAUGCAGCCGCUUCUGAAGGGGCAUCUAGCAAAGUGUCGUCUGCCAAAUAAGCCCGGAUGACAUCCAUCCAGAUAUAGCUUAUGUCAAGAACUCUAAUGGGAUCAUGCUCAAUACUUCUUUUUUCCAUGACUUUCAACAGACUAACCUAGGCGCAUCACAAAAGGCAGAUGAUGCCAACUUAGACAGCGCAUCCGCUUGGCUAUUUCUGACCUGGGCACCUGACUUAGAUGAAAUUCGUCAAGUGUCCCGGCCUCAUCUUUAACCGCCUGCAUAUAUUUAAUCAUAGCCGGAUGGGUGGCCUCGUAGUCACCAUGGUAUUGGCUAACAAUCAACUGUGAAUUAGAGCAGGUGUCAUCUUUUCUUGCCCAUGCCGCCUUACACAUGCGGAUACUGGCUAGCAGGGCCUCGUAUUCUACCUCAUUAUUCGAGGCUUGGAACUUGAACCGGAGUGCAUAUUCAUACUUGUCCCCUUCAGGAGACUUGCAAAUUACGCCUGCACCACAGCCGUUCAUUGUAGAGCUCCUGUCUACAUAUAUACCUUCCAAACCCGAUCAACAUGGUCCGGUUGAGCUGGCCUUGUCAUUUCCACAAUGAAGUCGGCGAACGCCUGACCCUUCACUGCCUUUCUUGGUUCGAAGGUGAUUUCCAGACUUUGCAUUUCAAUAGCCCACUUGAGCAUUCUGCC